GUCCCUUGUAGUUGUCCACUUCUGGGCACCAUGGGCUCCCCAGUGUGCUCAGAUGAACGAGGUCAUGGCAGCUCUAGCCAAGGAGCACGAGCAGGUCACAUUUGUGAAGCUGGAAGCUGAAGCUGUGCCUGAAGUAUCUGAAAAAUAUGGAAUCAGUUCUGUUCCAACCUUCUUAUUCUUUAAGAACUCCCAGCAAGUGGACAGGCUGGACGGUGCCCACGCCCCAGAGCUCACCAGGAAGGUGCAACGCCACGAGUCCAGCACCCCCACCCCUGCCACCCCCAGGGCUGGGCCCCAGGAGGAGCUCAGCCUGAGGCUGAAACGGCUCAUCAGUGCUGCCCCCUGCAUGCUCUUCAUGAAGGGCUCUCCCAAAGAACCUCGCUGUGGUUUCAGCAGGCAGCUGGUGGAGAUCCUGAACAAACACAACAUCUCAUUCAGCAGUUUCGACGUGUUCUCGGACGAAGAGGUUCGGCAGGGCCUGAAGACUUACUCUAACUGGCCAACCUACCCCCAGCUCUAUGUGGCUGGGGAGCUCAUAGGUGGGCUUGACAUUGUCAAGGAGCUGGAGGCGUCUGGAGAGCUGGACACGAUCUGCCCCAAGGCACAGAAGCUGGAGGACAGGCUUAAAAGCUUGAUAAACAAAGCUCCUGUGAUGCUUUUUAUGAAGGGAAGCAAACAGAUGGCAAAAUGUGGAUUCAGCAGGCAAAUUAUAGAAAUCAUGAAUAGCACUGGUGUUGAGUACGAGACAUUUGACAUACUGGAAGAUGAAGAGGUACGACAGGGGCUGAAAACCUUCUCCAACUGGCCCACGUACCCUCAGCUCUACGUGAAGGGUGAACUGGUUGGAGGAGUGGAUAUUGUGAAGGAGCUGAAGGAAAGUGGUGAAUUGUUGCCUGUCCUGAAGGGAGAAAACUGA